AUGAGAACAUCGAAUAUUAUUUGGAUAUCAGCUCUGAUUGCAUCAGUACUAUCUGCUCCCUAUCGAUCGUAUGGAGGUGGUGCUGACAGUAUGAUGGGUUACGGAUCAUAUGGUUCGCUGGGUGGAAUGGGAAUGAGCGGCAUGGGAUCUCCGUAUGGAAUGAAUUACCCUGGAAUGUAUGGAAUGGGAAUG